AGGUUCCGGGGCGCGUCGGAGCGCGGGCGCCUGGCCGGGAGCGCGCGCGGGCGCGCGCAGCGGCCGGGAUGGAGGAGGCCGCGGCGGGGGUGGCCGCGAACGGGGAUGCCGAACUGAACUGGUCCCGCCUCAGCGUGUCCCCGGAGACGCUGGAGUCGGAGCUGGAGGCGCGGGGCGAGGAGCGGCGGGGCGCGCGGGAGGCGCUGCUGCGACUGCUGCUGCCCCACAACCGUCUGGUGUCCCUGCCGCGGGCGCUGGGCAGCGGCUUCCCGCACCUCCAGCUGCUGGACGUGAGCGGCAACGCGCUGACCGCGCUCGGGCCGGAGCUGCUGGCGCUGCGCGGCCUGCGCACGCUGCUGGCCAGGAACAACCGCCUCGGAGGGCCCGGCGCGCUGCCCAAGGGCCUGGCCCAGUCCCCGCUCCGCCACAGCCUCCAGGUGCUCAACCUCAGCGGUAACUGCUUCCAGGAGGUGCCCCCCUCGCUGCUGGAGCUGCGCGCGCUGCAGACCCUCAGCCUGGGCGGCAACCAGCUGCAGAGCAUCCCGGCGGAAAUCGAGAACUUGCAGAGUUUAGAGUGUUUAUAUCUUGGAGGAAACUUCAUCAAAGAAAUCCCACCUGAAUUAGCAAAUUUGCCUUCUCUGAAUUACUUGGUAUUAUGCGACAACAAAAUCCAAAGUGUGCCUCCUCAACUUUCCCAGUUGCACUCACUUCGUUCCCUCAGCCUCCACAAUAACUUGCUGACCUAUCUGCCUCGAGAGAUCCUCAACCUUAUUCACCUGGAAGAAUUGAGUUUACGAGGAAAUCCACUGGUUGUUCGUUUUGUUAGAGAUUUAACCUAUGACCCUCCAACUCUCCUAGAAUUGGCUGCACGGACCAUUAAGAUCCGAAAUAUUUCCUAUACUCCCUAUGAUCUUCCUGGAAACCUUCUGAAAUAUUUAAGUUCAGCUAGCAACUGCCCAAACCCAAAGUGUGGAGGAGUCUACUUUGACUGCUGUGUCAGACAAAUUAAGUUUGUGGACUUCUGUGGGAAGUACCGCCUCCCAUUGAUGCACUACUUGUGUUCGCCAGAAUGCUCCUCCCCUUGCAGUUCUGCCUCCCACAGUUCCACAUCCCAGAGCGAAUCUGACUCCGAAGAUGAAGCCAGUGUCGCUGCACACAGGAUGCAGAAAGUUCUUCUUGGCUAAAAGGGAGACCAGAAUGGGGUGAAAUACUAACAACACUGACUAAAGUUGGUUAGAAAAGAACAUGAGUCUUAGAGUUCACUGGAAACCUUACCUUCAUCGUGAAUGUCUGUGAAGCACGCAGGCAUGUUGUAAAAGACUGUUUCAUCUGCCCCUGUAGUAGGAAUGAGUCAGUUCCAUGUGUGGAUUCUUUGAGUACACUGUGAAUGGUAAUUCCAGAUUUGGCUGGUUGCGAUUAAGUUUUGAAUGAAUCACAGCAGAAAGGGGCAUUCUUAAGAACAGUGCCGGCAGAAGCCAUGAAUUCUGUAACUUGUGACAGUGGAGGUAAAGAAAUGGUGGUGGUAGAGUUAGCCUGAGGUUUAGGUUGAACACUAUGUCAUAACAGGAUUUACCCUCUCAUUUUGCCCAUACGUACAGCGUACAUAUAGCCAUUCCAAUAAACUCUCAGAUUAUAUAGGACCUAAACCUUUCUGACCAAUUAGCUUGUUUUUAAAUUGGCUGUUGAAAUUCUUCAGUACUUCUCCUUUGUUCUUUGUGAUUAUUAUCAAUCUUAGAUCAUUCAGCAGUGGCUUUAAUAGUGCCUUACUCCUAGCAAGAAUAAAGAAAUUUCUUGAAGAAAUAAUGCCAGAGCGAACUGUACCCUGACAUACCAUGCAAGGCGCCAUACAAUAUGCUUUAACAGGAUAGAUAAACUGCAUUUAGCGGCUGAGCUCAUAGCCACCUUCACUUCAUUUUUUGUUGGUUUGUUUGUGUAAACUUGCAGUGCCCCCUUUUAAACAUACUGCUUUUAUACUUAAUGGGAGGUCAUGAUCUUGACCAAUCUGUACAUUGUAGGAUAGUUUUUAACAGAACAAUGUAGAAGAGAUGUGAGCUAGGAAAACUGCUUUAGAUGUUUAUUAAAUGAAUGGGAAAAAAGUUUUUAACAGUCAAAUAUAACUCCUUUGUUGUCUACUGAACAAAUUCAUGUAACUAGAAAAAUAAGACAAACACAGUUUAGAACAGAAGCCAUUGUGUUUUGCACAAUAGAAAAAUUUCCAAAACUAGUUUAGUCAUGGAAUAAGCUUUGAGAAUAAAAUACUGGUAAAAUAUUAAAAAUAUAUGCUAAAUGUAUCAUAUCUUAAAAGGAUGGCAGAAAAAUAGUUCCACAGAUUAGUUUUAGAAAUUAAUUUUUAUUCACUGGUUUACUGUUCAGUGAAAUUGAAUAAUAGUAUUGCUGUAAGCUGGAAUUAUAAAAUACAGCAGCUUUCUAGGAGUCAUGAAGUAGCCAGCUUGUAGUAGCAUGAUGGCCGUUGGCCAGCUGUGUGUCAGCACGUUAGUCUCUUCUCUGAUGGUGGUGCACACUAUUUCAAAAGCAGAUUGCUGUAUAAUAAAAUGGUAUAUAUGUGUGUUAGGUUUUGUUCAUAUUUGUUCAUUUUUAUCUUAGAAGAAAAUAUACUGUAGAGUAGUUCAGUUUAUGUGGUUUUUUUAUGUUAAUUCAUGAAACAUGAGAGUUUCAUGAACUGCGGUUAUGAAACGCUGCUAUAGUGAAUCCCUUCACCUUUACCCUGAUACAAUGUAGGAAGAUUCUACUUUUCCUUUUAUUUUAGAAAUGUUCUGACUAUGCCUAUAAGAAAUCUAAACUGUUUCUGCUGCCUAGCAAAGUAGUUCUUGACUUGAGUACAUCAUAAAAUGAAAGUAAUAGUCUUUGCUUCCUUCUCCAUAUGAGCCAUAACAAGCUGCAUACUGCAAAAUUCACAGCAAGCAAAAAUGCCUUAGGCAGUGCCUGAGUGUGAAACCUAAAAUUUAUGUAAGUGACUUAAUGAUUCUUAUUUUCAUAGAAAAUAAUUCUAUUUUUACCAAUUUGAGUAAUGAAAUACUCAGAUUGGUAGGCCCAAAUUUUUCUGACUGCCUCUAAGUUAAUUUUCAAUUGGUUUCCAGCUUGGUUUCACGUAGAAGCUUGAAUAAUAUAAGAGUGAGUCAUUGUAAAAUAAAUGAGUGGGUAUGUGAAUACAGUGCUUAACCCUACCCGCCAUUCCCAGCUUCCUAGAAAGAUUAUUUAGUCUCUGACAGAUGCAGGUAAAAACAAUGGGAAACAGUUUCUAGUCUUGCUGUUAUAAUAUAGCUGUAUGCCAUAGUAUCCUCUCAACAAAAUAUUUGUUAGUUUCAUCACAUAUAUAUUUGAAAAAUCUAUGAUCAGUCUACACCUAUCUUUGUUAACUUUUAGUCAAAUUUGCAUUUUAACUGUUAAUUCUAUCUUUUUGUAACCUUAGGUCUUUUUCACAAGAGCUGCUAGUAAUUUCUAAGAGUUUGUUUCUUGUUUUUGUUUGUAAUUGUUGGUUUUAAAAAUUAAUGAGAAUAGGAGAUCCAAGGGACCUGAUCUUUAGAAUCUAGUUGGUCGGUUCCCAAGUCAACUAGGUGUGUUUAAAAUGGUAGUCUGUCUUUUUAGUUGCCGAGUCACGUGUUUAUGAAUAACUAUAGUUAAUAAACUUUAAUUUUUCAAAGAAAUUCACAGGAUCAGUCUAAUUUUCAAAGUAGGGGAAAAAAAGGCUUUGGUUGGACAGUUUUAGCAACCAAAGCUUCUGUGAAUAAAACUACUUAAAGCACUAAUAUACUUAGAAUGCUAACAUUUGAAAUUGGAAUGGGUAUAUUAUACAUUCUUAGUAGACUUUAUUGCUAAAAUCUGGUUCUGUCAACACUACCAAAAUGAUCUGGACAGAUAGUCUCAGGAUUUUAGAAAAUUAUAUUAGCUAAUACAAUAUUUUAAGUCCAUUAUGCCAAGGAUUGGCUCAUGUCAGAUCAAGGUGUCAGGGUUCUCAACCUUUUCUGAGUUGGAAUGGUAGAGAUAAAGCUAAAGGUGUCUGCUCAUGGUUUAAUUUUGUGAUGAGCUUCUUUCUUUCCAAAAUUCUUGGUAUUUAGAACUUUAAAGUAUCAAGUUUUGAAGCAAACUCAUGCUGCAAGCUGUUCCUUAAAUUUGAGAAAUUUUAUGUUGAUGUAAAUGAAAAUGAAAGGUAGAUGUAAAUGAAAAUGAAAGGUAGAUGAGUAAGAAAAAGUUGUUUGUUAAGAGUAUUAGAUGAAAGAAGUUUUUAAAAACAAUAAUAAUUUUUUUUUAAAAAGGAAUAAAGGACUCAUCAGACAUCUGAGCUUAUUCCAGAGCCAAGAAAAUGUCUUAAAAGUAGUACCACAUUGAUUCUUAAAUUUUUGUUUUGUUUUGUUUUGUUUUUGAUUUUUAAAUUAUUAA